AUGAGGACUCGCAACGACACCUGUCCACUAUAUGGCUGGACGUUUCAUCAAUCCCACGACCAGGCUACCGUUCUCUUCCUCGUCCCGCAAGCUGUGUCGGCCGAUGACCUCGACAUCCGCAUCGCAAGCGAUCACAUCUCCGCAUCUAUACCCGGUCACCCACCCAUCCUUCAAGCCAAGCUCUACGGCCGCGUCAGCACUGAGACCUCGACAUGGAGGAUAGCAGAUCGAGAUCGUGCUCGAAAGCGACGGAGUCGCUCUCUGGUCCGAUCCUCUCAGCCGACCGCCUCCACCUCUGCUUCUGGCUCGGGCGACGGCGCGCAAAGCACUCCGCUCAAUCCGCAUCAUGGCCAUUCCAUAGCGCAAUCCCAGACCCUCUCGUCGGGCUCGCACGUCCGCGUCGAUUCCUCGCCUGCAUCGCAGUCAAGCUUGUCAGCUUCUGUCGUGUCGCUGCAGUCAGGCUCCAGCUAUGAGCUCCUCUCGCAUUCAACGCCUUCGACGAUUCCACUCAACUCUGCCGGUCCAUCUACCGAGUGGUCAAGCGGCUCAAGCGAUCCGGGUUCCUCCGAUUCCGCCGAGGCCAGUCUGAAUCAGAGCCUCGUCUUGUCAGACCCAGGUGACCUUGGCCGUCGUUCGAGCGCAGCCGAUCCAUCAAGUCAGGUGACUGAACAAUCCGGUCCAAAAAGGUCUCAGUCCAUCUCCGAUCUCGCCGCUUCUUCUUCCUCCGCAUCUCCCUUGAGGGCAGGGUCGGAUCCAGCUGAGAGCAUUCAGGCCUCCCCUCGCAGCGGUCCGCCUGAAGUUCGUCUGGUUACCUUGCAUCUUGACAAGAUUGACGCUGGCAUCUGGCCGCUUCUGGUCGUAGGUCCAGCACCGCUGCCAAGCGUGUCGCUUCCCGCCAGAUUGACUAGACUUCUCGAGACGGACCUCCCGCGCCACGGCUACCUCACAGAAGCCUUCGUUCAUGAUCGCAUCCAACAGCGUCGAGGUACUCGACAUAAGCAGCAGCAGCGUAGUGCUGCCCAGCUGCAACUCAAUCAGGCGCUCGAGGAGGCGCUGAGCGCCUUCGAAGGUGGCGAUCGUGUCCUCGCUGCGAUCCGAAGCGGUGCCGAUCCUGCCUCCUACCAUCAACUUGCUCGUUCUCGUCUUGAUGAUGGUUCUAGGAGUAGCAUGGACAGCGACGAUGAUUUCGGUCCGAAUACCAGCACGCUCAGCAUUAACACCAUCGGAAGCGACGAGAGCGCCACAGUCCUAGGCAGUCGAGUCGCCAGCCUCUCGGGGACAUCGGCGGAUCUGUAUCGUGCUCACGCCACUCUUACAAAUGCGCAGGAGAUUGAAGAGGAACGCGAAGAAGAUGACGAGGUCUUGGAAGCUUGGAAGGAGCUCGAAGUGCUCGCAAGGUACAACAUGGACCCUACCACGCUGUCCUUGAUCGGAUUGCAAUUCGCCAACGGGUUCAGUACAACCAGAGCUCCGAACCUGGCUUUGCAGCUCACUCGGACUACCUCGUCGGGCAUCCCAGAUGGCUUUGAGUACUUUGCACGAGCUUGGAGGGCAGCCGAUGUCAGUCUCGCCACCGAGCGCCUGGUCCACGACUUUUUGCCGUUGCUACCGUCCACACCGCAGGGUCCUGCCCCGCAAGAUCUCAGUGCCCUGUAUGCUCGACUGUCUGAUACUGUCAAGCUCGCGACAGUGCACACAGCUGCGGCCUUGCCUGCCACCGCGGAGGUCAUCGCAGACUUGCUCCGGGAGCUGCUUCAUUCGCAUUCCUACAUGUCGCACCGACAACGACUGGUCGCAUCUCUAGGAGGCCCGAAGGCAUUGGCGCGUCUCUACGUAUCGUAUGCACGAUUGCAUCUUCCCUCGCUAGCUUCGAACCGAUCUCCUCUCGCCUUCCCGUACGGCCAAUUGACCAGUCCUUUUGUCAGCGGUGGACAUACGGGCAUGCAUCCAGCCAGCUUUCCUCCACGAUUGUCAAGCCGCAGGCCGACAUCCUCGUCCUCGAGUCGCACGCCCAGCGUGGCCUCUAUCCCGUUCGGCGCGGCCGAAGGCGGUGCUGCUUCUCCCGCCAAAAGCACCUCAGCACCGAACUCCCCCACUGUGGCGGAUAUAGGCAGGAUGGUCUCGCCAGAUCACGCAGCUGGCCAAGCUGGCACUUCGCGACUCGACUUUUCCGACUUCCUCAUGCACACCGAUCACACCUCAGUAACCCAACCGCCUGCGUUCUACUUCUUCCGCGAAGCCUUUCUCCUCGACAGCGACGUUGCGCUUCAGAUCCACCGCGACGAGUGGGCCGAGGCCAUCGUCCUCGCCGUCGAACACGAGGGCGCCCGCCUUGCCGAAGCGGAAGCCCUUGCGCAAGCCGAAGAGAUGGGCAGCCUUGCCGGCGACAGCGGCAGUGGCGAGCUCACCUUUGAGAGCGACAGCGAGGCGCAGCGACGUCGUGCGCUGCGACGGUCCAAGCUGCGUGCCUCGAACACCAGCGGCGGCGGUGGCGGUGGGCUGUUCAACCUGGCCUGGCUCAAGAGCGCCGAUGCCGCCGAAGCCAGCCGCAAGCGCAGCGGCAGACCGACCCGCAAACGCCGCAAGGAGCGAAGGACGGCCAAGAGCCGGGCGAGCGAGGAGGCCGGCAUGAUCAACUUUGUCAGCGGCGCGGCAUUGUUGGGUGUCGCGCUGGCGGGUAGCGUCGCUGCGCUGGGAUGGUGGAGACGCACCAGCGCCGCGCUGAACUCUUCCGCUUAG